AUGAAUCAUCCUUUUAAAAACAUUUUACUGGGCAUAAAAGGUGCUCAAUUACUUUUUGUUUGUCUGAUAGUUAUAUUAGAAAUCGUCCAAGCGGCGUACUUUGUCUCCGUUUAUGAUCAGUAUAUUAUAUAUGGUGGUAGUGGUUCUUACGAGUAUUUCACGGGAUAUAGGUAUGGAAAAGCGGGUUCAGUCGUUUGGGUGUUUAUUGUUAUGUUGAUUACAUUUUUAAGUGUCGUUGCAUACUUGACCCUAUUCUCCAAGGGGUACAUUUGGGAAAAGAGACAUGAAACUUACUUUGUCGGAUUUGACGCUUUCUUCUUUGUACUAUGGUUCACUGAAGUUUUUACGAACCUAUAUUGGGCCUACAAGGGGGAUGAAAAUCCAUGUUACUAUUACACCGCUUAUUCUGAUACGAUAUCUUAUGUGGAUUACAAAUCAAACGCUCUGUGUGGGGCCUACAUUGCUUCGAAUGUGUUUGGUUGGUUCCUUCUGAUAACCUUCUCAUUAGGAGCAGGGUUCUCCUAUAAGAUUCAUAAUGAUUCAAAGAAUGAGAAUUCUAGUGAUAAUAAUAUGCAGCAGUCAAUCGCAGCAAUUUCAAUCGCAGCAACAGCAGCUCAAAAAAAUCCCGUAAUAAAAUUUGAUGUUUUAUCGUGUUGGCAAAUGGUGAACCAGUCUGAUUCAUGA